CUGAAGAUAAGUUAUCUUAGCUUUUGGACAUUUAGCUCGUUCUCUGCCACAUUUUCGACUUACAGAUUGAAAAAAAAAAAAAAAAAAAAAGACACCGCACGGAUUAAGAGCUCAUCACAGACAUGGCAGACGAGCAGGCGGAGAAAACGCAACCAGAGCUAAAUGAAGAAGAGGCGCUUUUUAGUAACCUGGACAUCUUUCUGUUCUCUCUCAUCGUGGGAUUAAUCAUAUACUGGUUCUUCUUCCGCAAGAAGCCUGAGCCCAUUCCCGAAUUUCGAAAAAUCGAAACCCCACCCGCGGCAGCAAGAGAAACCAGCUUCAUCGAAAAGAUGAAGAAAACAAACAAGAACAUUGUCGUGUUCUACGGCUCCCAAACCGGUACUGCUGAAGAGUUUGCCAACCGACUGUCUAAAGAUGCCCAGCGCUAUGGCAUGAAGGGUAUGGCAGCAGAUCCAGAGGAAUAUGAUUUGAAUGAACUGUGUCGGCUGAAAGAGAUCAACAACUCCUUGGCCAUUUUCUGCAUGGCCACGUAUGGUGAGGGAGACCCAACAGAUAACGCCCAGGACUUCUAUGAUUUAUUACAGGAGGGCGACAUGGACCUAGAUGGAGUCAAUUUCACGGUGUUUGCACUUGGCAAUAAAACAUAUGAGCAUUACAAUGCCAUGGGAAAGUAUGUGGACAAGAGGCUGUUGGAGCUGGGUGCCCAAAGGAUCUUUGAUCUCGGACAGGGAGACGAUGACGGCAACCUUGAAGAGGACUUUGUUUCAUGGAGAGAGCAGUUCUGGCCUGCUGUGUGUGAGCAUUUCGGAGUUGAAGCUACUGGAGAAGAUUUCAGCAUUCGUCAGUAUGAGCUGAAGGUCCAUGAGGACCUGAACAUGAAUAAGAUCUACACAGGAGAACUGGGACGCUUGAAAAGCUUUGAGAACCAGAAACCGCCUUUUGAUGCUAAAAAUCCCUUCCUGGCCCCUGUCACUGUUAACCGCAAGCUCAACAAAGGAGGAGAUCGACAUUUGAUGCACUUGGAGCUGGAUAUCACAGGGUCAAAGAUCAGGUACGAGUCAGGAGACCACGUGGCCGUGUAUCCCACCAAUGACUCCAGCAUUGUGAACAGACUCGGGGAGAUCCUUGGCGUGGACCUUGAUACAGUUAUCACGCUCAACAACCUUGACGAGGAAUCCAAUAAGAAACACCCAUUCCCAUGCCCCACCACCUACCGCACAGCCCUCACACACUACCUGGACAUCACAAACUCGCCGCGAACCAACGUCCUGUACGAGCUUGCACAGUACGCCUCAGACCCCAAGGAGCAGGAAAACAUGCGCAAGAUGGCUUCCUCGUCCCCCGAGGGAAAAGCACUGUACCAGAGCUGGGUCUUAGACUCUUCCCGGAACAUUCUGGCUAUCUUGGAUGACUUACCGUCUUUACGGCCACCCAUCGACCAUCUCUGUGAGCUUCUACCUCGUUUACAGGCUCGAUAUUACUCGAUCGCGUCCUCCUCCAAGGUGCAUCCCAACGGUAUCCAUAUCUGCGCCGUAGUGGUGGAGUACGGGACGAAGACGGGCCGCAUCAACAAAGGUGUCGCCACCAACUGGCUCAAAUCCAAAGUGGUUACUGACAACGGACACAAGGCCACCGUGCCCAUGUACAUUCGCAAGUCCCAGUUCAGGUUGCCCUUUAAGGCCAGCAACCCGGUCAUCAUGAUUGGGCCUGGCACAGGCAUUGCACCUUUCAUGGGCUUCAUUCAGGAACGCACCUGGCUUAAGGAGCAAGGUAAGGACGUUGGAGAGACUGUGUUGUAUUUUGGCUGCCGGCACAAGGCUGAAGACUUUUUGUACCAAGAAGAGCUGGAAGCCUAUGAGAAGACAGGAACAUUGACACAGCUCAAUGUGGCUUUCUCCAGGGACCAGGAGCAUAAGGUUUAUGUGCAGCAGCUCCUGAAGAAAAACAAGGAAGCUGUUUGGAGGCAAAUCCAUACAGACAAUGCUCACAUCUACAUCUGCGGGGACGCACGUAACAUGGCAAGGGACGUCCAAACCACUUUCUAUGAAAUAGCAGAAGAAUUGGGUGGCAUGACUCGCACCCAAGCUACAGAUUACAUCAAGAAGCUGAUGACCAAGGGGCGCUAUUCACAGGACGUCUGGAGUUAAGGAGCCUCCCAAAGUUUGUUCGUCUGUGGGAUAUUUUGGGAGGACUGUUGUCGUUUUUAAACUUAGAAACGGAAAAAGGGACAGAUGUUUAGUGCCUGAAUGAAGUGGCUUUCGUGUGUCUAAAAUUUGUCUAGGUUUAACAUCAUAGCUGGUGGUGUCAAAACGUAUUAAGCCAAAUAUUCAACUGUCUUACAUGUUAUAAGUUCUUCUUGAUGUAAAGCCUCACAAAAUGCAGUUAGGAUUUUUUUAUUUUUUUUUCUAAUUUUAGCAAACGUUGAUGAUGAUGAUGUCAAAUGUGUCUAAUGUGAAAAUGAACUCAUAUCGGGACGUAUUAUGAUAGCGGAGGGCUACUGAAUGUAGCCUUUAGUCUUAUGCAUAGUACUUUAUGACUUUGUAUUUAAAAUCAAGUUUAUGCUAACAGAAAGUAUCAUUGAAGAAGCAUGUUGAUGCAGUGUGAAAUGUAAUAGAUUUGCCUCUUCAGACCCUGUAAUCAGCUAAUAAUAGGCACUGAAAACCGAGGCCCAAUUAGUUUAACCUAUGCACUUAAUGCUGUUUGUACUGUAGCCUACAUAAGGAUAGUAUACGCUUUACUUUAUUCAGUAUGUAACAAUAAAAUUCAGGGCAUCCAUUACGGUUGAUAUGUUUCUCGUUUGAAGCCUCAUCAUGUACAUUCCAGUUUUCUGGUGUUUUUUCCUCACAUGCAGUACACAAGAAAAGCAUUUACACUUUAAAUCUACCCUGUUGGACAAUGUGAUUACGGUUUUGUGUCUUCUUUUUAUUCAACUCAUCAGAAUUUGCAACGUUUUUAACUGCCGUAUUUUUUCCAACUUAAUGUUAAUGUAUCAGUACAUGCAGAAAAUGUGUUGUGUGUGUGUGUGUGUGUGUACACAACUGAAUCGUGUACAGUUAAAACUAAGAAAUUUUCAGAACAGUUUAUAGAGUUUUAAAAUGACAAAUGACCAGCAAAUAUGUAAUACUUUACCUGUUGAAAGAAAUGAUGCAGAGCUUUCACAAUCAUUUAAAUUUUACUGUCGGCCUUUGAGCUUUUAUUUACACGUCAACUUGUGCCUUAUGAAAAACGUAUAUUAUUAUCAUGUCAUUAUUAAUGGAAUUUGCAGUUUAGCUUUUCUGAUGAAUGAAUUUUUGAAAGAGACUUUGUGGAUGGGAAAUGGUACUGUUGCUGUUACUUAUUUUGUCAGCAUUAUACAGUUUUAUGCAAUUAAUGUUUCCUAUAUUACUGCUAUUAGACAUGUUAAAUAAAACUGAAAUUUAAUCACA